AUGGAAAUCGCCAUCACUCACUACGAGGCCUUCAAAAAAUUUCUUGCAUCACAUCUUGCCAAAGAAUUGCAAAAACGAACUUACGAUUCCAUAUUAUUCUCAGAACAAGCCAAUGAUUCAAGAACAAAUGCGCGGAACAAAUUAACAAAACUCACAAAAGUGCAGUUUCAAGAACUUUCUACUGAUGUGUAUGACGAGUUAUCCCGGCGGCUAUUGGGUUCAAAUGCGGUUCCAUUUCUUCCUGUAAACGAUUCCUUUCAUCCAAAAAGGAAUCAAGCACGACAGAAGUUAGCAACAUUACCCAAAAAUCGAUUUAAAGAUCUGGCGAGUGAUGUUUAUUAUGAAUUAGAGAGACGUUAUCCUGAAUUAAAAGAUAUGGAUUUCUCAAACCCGCCAUAUGGCACUCCUCCUCCAUAUAACACCUCAUUACGCAACAAUAAUCCUUCCCAACAACCAUCAAUAGAUGGUGCCGCGUCCGGUCAAGCUACAGAAUCGAAUACUAUCGUUCCAGAAACAAGUACCUUAAGACAAGAGGUAAUCUCCGUUGACUUUCGCAUUCAAAAACCAAAUAUCCGACCAGAUACUUCAAACGUUACCACCAAUGCAGAAAUACCAGAUGGUAUGCCUCCAGAGUAUGGGUCACCGAAGAGUCGUACUCAAUCAUCUACGUCCUCUGCAUCUGAUAUUGGACAUCGUCUUAAUAGUCAAAAAAGUAAUAAACCUGAUACUGUUAAUUUUGCCUCUCUUGAUAGUUUGAUGGCUGACUUGGGAGACAUGAUUGAUCCUAAAAAAUCUUCAAAUGGUUUAACUACACAAACUGGAGAAAGAAAUGAUAUACAUUCUGAAAUAGAAAUAUUAAAGUCUGAUUAUGACCAACGAAUAAAUGCUCUUCAAAGACGAAUAAGAGAACUAGAAUCAAUGAAGGGUGGUUCAGAUGGUGAUAGCGCACGAGUACGUAAUCUUGAAAACCAACUUGAAGAACUAGAAAAGAUAAACAAACAACAAACAUUAAAAAUAGAAAAAAUGGAACGAGAUUUUGAAAAAUUAAAUGAAGAUUACCGACAGCAACAAGAGGUUUCUAAUGAGGUGCAAAAGGAAGCCUCCAAAUUACUAGAAGAAAUAAAAUCACUUUCAAUAAAGAAUGAUGAUUUAUACUCAGAAAAAGAACAAGGCGUUGCUAAAAUUAAAUCUUUAUCGGAAGAAGUAAACGAGUGGAAGAACAAGUAUGAGAAGGCGAAGACAGAAUUGAGAAAUUUGAAGGAAGCACCCAAAGUUGAUAUCGUGAAUGAUAGCUCUUUAACCCCGACUCCAGAUGGUGCGAUCGAUGAAUCCAAAAUUAUUGCAUACCAAGUGGCAAUUGAUGAUUUAUUAAGAGCUGGACGAUCUGAUGUAUCAGCUAAUGUUCUCGUUGCUAUGAAAUCAAUCGUUAUUGCCUGUAAAGGUAUUACCGAAGAAGUUGACACAUAUGAACAACGUAAAGGCUCAUCAUUGAAAGCGGAAGAUAAAGAAAAAUUAAAUACUAUAAAAACCAAUUUAUUGGAUGCAGCAGCAAGUCAUUUGACAGCUUCAGUUGUAGAUAUGGUUAAGCAUGUUAAACUUCGGCGAACUAGGGGACAAGAUACUGAUAGGAUUAGUUCGGAGCAUCUUACUUUGCCAUCACGUGAAAGUACGUCUAAUGAGUCACAGAGAGCCAUGGUAGAUGAAUUAAGAGAUUUCCUUGAACGUCAAACAGAAUCUAUAGUUCAAGCAAUUCAGACUCUUUUAACUGCCAUCAGAAAUGGAUCAUUUGGCAAAGAACUCACUGACAAUAUUAACACUAUCACUACUAUUGUUCUUAAUGUGAUUGCAGUGUGCCGCGAUUCUUUUAGAUCAGCUAAUGUUCCUCAAAGUGUACGUGGUGAUGUUAUACUAAAAGAAUUAGAAGAUAGCAUUGAUAAAUUAGAUGAAAUGCGAGAAUCAAUAACAAAUAAUAGAGAGGACUUUCUUAAUAACCGUGCAUCAAAACAACGAUUGGCUAGUGCCUCGUUUGAGAUUGCCAAAUUUACAAAAGAAUUAGUAGG